AUGCCUGAGUCUUGUUGUAUCCAGUAUGUUAAUGUUAAUGGAUAUAGCUAUCUUAUCAAUGGUUUAGUGUCAUCAGUGGUUCAAUUCACUCAAACAGCACCAGCUUAUUCCAUCAUAUGUCCUGGUGACAGAUUAGUACUUACUUGUGUAGUGUCUGGAACUGGAGGAGCUGUUACUUGGCAAGGAGGUAGUACAGAGAAAUUGCUACUGACAAGUGGCCCAUCAAAUGGGACACUUGGUAGCUUCUUUGUAAAUAUCAACGAAUCAAACAGUACAGCAUUGAUAAGCACAGCUAUUGAUAAUAAUGUUUCAGUUACACUAGAUGGAGCUAAUAUUGUCUGUCUAGCAGAUGGAACCAAUGCCAAACAAUUUACAAUUGACGUUGCAAAUGCACCAGGUCCAGAUUCUACUACACCAGUCCCUCCUAUUCAGUAUUACAUUAUUAAUGUAUACAGUACAUCAAACAAUAUCAUAUUCAACAGCAAUACAACUAAUACUAAUAUUACUAUUACUGGACUACCUCUUACUGAUACAAGCUACACCGUUACUAUCAUACCUGUUAAUGUUAUUGGAUAUGGACCAUCAGCUACUGUUAAUGUUAAUGUAGCUAUUGCUCCUACAAUGACCAGUAGUUAUGUACCAUCAUCAUCAUUAGUUACAUUAAUUAAAGAUAUAAGCACUGGUGCAUCAUCAUUGCUUAUAACAUCUAUGUCAAUAUCAGUACCCACUACUACUGGUACAUUAACUAUUAGUGGUACUGGAGGUGUAUCAGUAGUGACAUCAUCAGCUAUGAUCCCAAGGCCCAGUACAAGUACUAGUGGCUCUAGUGUUGUUUCUGUUGUAUCAGGAGCUGUUGGAACAGUAUUAUUAACUAUAAUCAUUAUUAUUAUACUGAUAGUAAUAAUACUGGUAAUCAAAAGACAAAAAAGUAAAUCUAACAAUAGUGUAGAAUUGAAAAUGUAAGUAUAUAAGUAAGCUAUUACAAUUUCCAAUACACAUUGAUGUAUGCAUGCCAUAUAAAAA